ACGACUCCGCUACGCUUUGCCAGUCGUGCAUACGCGGCCGCGUAUUCGUGCGCUUGAUGACGGGGAGCUACUCCGCGAGUACAGUGUCGAUUCUCGGGAUCCCGUGAGGGUAGGUAAGUCGGUCACUUGAUCCGCGGUGCUCAGCAGAACACAGCCGUGUCGACGCAGGCAGGAUGGGAUUCAAAUUUCUCGAGGUGAUAAAGCCGUUCUGCAGUAUACUGCCGGAAAUAGCGAAGCCGCAGCGGAAGAUCCAGUUCAGAGAAAAGGUACUAUGGACGGCCAUCACGUUGUUUAUCUUCUUAGUAUGUUGCCAGAUUCCCCUGUUCGGCAUCAUGUCUUCAGACAGCGCGGAUCCAUUCUACUGGAUUCGCGUGAUACUCGCGUCGAACAGAGGCACUCUCAUGGAACUGGGUAUCUCGCCGAUCGUCACGUCGGGCCUUAUCAUGCAAUUGCUUCAUGGCGCAAAAAUUAUUGAGGUCGGCGAUACACCGAAAGAUAGAGCGUUAUUCAAUGGCGCGCAGAAACUGUUUGGUAUGGUUAUUACCGUUGGACAAGCCAUUGUUUAUGUAAUGACUGGAAUGUAUGGAGAUCCGACUGAAAUUGGAGCUGGCGUUUGUCUCUUGAUUAUCAUCCAACUGUUUGUUGCUGGACUUAUUGUAUUGCUAUUGGACGAGCUUCUCCAGAAGGGAUAUGGAUUGGGAAGUGGAAUAUCUCUCUUUAUUGCCACCAACAUCUGCGAGACCAUUGUUUGGAAAGCAUUCUCGCCGGCUACAGUUAACACCGGUCGUGGUACAGAAUUUGAAGGAGCUGUAAUUGCGCUAUUCCAUUUGCUGGCCACUAGACAGGACAAGGUCCGAGCCCUCCGAGAAGCGUUCUAUAGACAGAAUCUUCCAAAUUUGAUGAAUCUCCUUGCCACCAUUCUAGUGUUCGCUAUCGUUAUUUACUUCCAGGGCUUCCGUGUGGAUCUUCCGAUCAAAUCUGCAAGAUAUCGCGGCCAGUACAGUAGUUAUCCGAUCAAACUGUUUUACACCAGCAACAUCCCCAUUAUCCUGCAGUCGGCCUUGGUGUCCAAUCUGUACGUCAUCUCUCAGAUGUUAGCUGUCAAGUUCCAAGGAAAUCUUAUAGUAAAUCUGCUAGGCGUUUGGUCGGACGUCGGUGGCGGGGGUCCUGCCAGAUCAUAUCCAGUCGGCGGACUAUGUUAUUACUUAUCACCUCCAGAAUCGGUUGGUCAUAUUCUUCAAGAUCCUGUCCACGCUGUACUCUACAUUCUUUUCAUGCUUGGCUCGUGUGCUUUCUUCUCUAAGACGUGGAUUGAGGUUUCCGGAAGCUCGGCGAAGGAUGUUGCUAAACAGUUGAGGGAACAGCAGAUGGUAAUGCGAGGCCACAGAGAUAACUCCAUGAUUCGCGAAUUAAAUCGGUACAUCCCAACCGCUGCGGCAUUUGGUGGACUGUGUAUUGGGGCGCUUUCUGUACUGGCGGAUUUCUUGGGCGCGAUCGGCUCCGGUACCGGUAUCUUACUUGCUGUCACGAUCAUAUACCAAUACUUCGAAAUCUUUGUGAAGGAGCAAAGUGAAAUGGGUGGCAUGAGCACGUUACUCUUCUAAACUUAAUUCAUCUAUAGACUUGAAAAAGUGAACUUUUUUAAUUCUGAAGAACUGAAUAAUAAUUUAUUAUAAAGUAAGAGUCGGAUUGGCAGCUGUGUGUGUGCAUGUCGAAGCUCAUAGAAUGGAUAGACAGACACCCCGGCGCCAAACGAAAGUUCCCUGUUGUUAUACAUAAAGUCGCACAUAUUUAACUUAUCAUUGGUAUAUUGUUGAUUCUCUGCUCAAAAGAUUAUAUUAUCAAUGACGUUUCUUAAAAAAAAAAGAAAGUAUAUGUGCUUCUUUUACGCAGAAUAUAUAUUAACAUGACCAUUGACACGCAAAAUACUUCGAAUCCUGAAAAAAAUACCGUUUUGCAUUACACACUUGUGAGAGCUUUGUUCAUGCGUUCUACUGAGAAAAAAAAACGUAUUCUUUUUUUUUUACAUUAAACAUUAUUGAUUUUACUCUGUGUCAAACGGUACAAGAAGCACCAACUGAUAGAGAUACAUUGACGAAGCAUAGAGAAUACAUAAAACACGAAUGUAAUGUUUAAUGCUCAUGCAAGUGUAAGCAUGGAAGAUGUCCCCCUUUGCGUACAUCACCAUGUUUGUAUGCGAGAUGUAAUGUCUUUUGUACAACGAGCAGAGCGUGUACAUAGUAAGAAAGUAACUAAAUAUUUUCAACAUUUUUUACUAGCGUUUUGGGCUCUGUGAUUUGACGCAGACAGAGCCGCGUGGAAGACUCAAUGGCGUACAAGUAAAAAAUCGCGACAUUUAUAUAUAUGUAUGAAUUGAACCGAUUUUGCAAACGAUUAUAUGAGAUAAUCAUUUCAGUUAGGACGAGACACCCACCUAGGGUAUUCGUGCAGCAAUUUUCGAACAGCGUUCGUUCAUCUUAGGUACCAUCCAUUCCUGUAUCGAUAAUAAUAUGAAGUAAAUUAAUAUUUGUUUCUUACAUAAUGUAUUUAGGAGAGAGAGAAUGUGCUUUUAUAAAUAUUAAAACGUAUGUAUAUUUUUCUUUUCGUCUUCCUUGUUUCAUUCCUCGAUCAUCGCGUUUCGUUGUGCAUAAUCUGUACCGUGCAUAAUCUCAUUACGACUCAAUGACAUUUUUCCAAGAGUUGUAAAGUAAAUUUCUAUCCAUAUUGAUUGAAGAUUAUGACGGUGGAUUUAUAUCACACAAAGAAUACAUGUAUUAUGUAAUGUGUUACAUACUUAAAGCAGAAUGUAUACAAAAAACUAGUAAAGAUUACUUCCUAUUUUAUACAGUGUGUGUGAUUGUCAUUUUCUACUUUAUAUUUAGGGUUGUUAUAAGAUACAUAUGAAUUAUAACUAUUGUUAUAGGAUAUCAAUGUAACAGGGAGAAAACACUAAAUGUCCGAAUGUACUUACUGUUAAUGGUGUUUAAUACAUGAAACCUGUGGAAAUAUUUAA